GGGAGCCUGCGCCCAGGCUCCUGUCGGGCUGUCCAGCCUCUCCAGCCACAGUCGCCCACUUUCUCCCCGUCUUCUACCGUCUCCUGAGCAUUGCCUGAUGACGGUGGUGCCGAUGGCCCUUGUUGCCUGCCCCUUUCGCAUUGCUUCUGCUGGCACUGGGGCCGCGGUGAUGUGGCGGUACGAGGCUGACCGUCAUUCCACCAACUGGCUGGCUGUUGCUGCCCGUUUCGUCCCGUCUCGCCUGGUCAGGAUUCUUACACCAGAAAAACCAGGGAUGGGGUCUGUCAUUGGCCCCCACUGGUAUCAACAGCGGUUUCUUACAGCCUGAUACACGACCAAAUCACCUGACAGUCUCAGCUAUUAAUAACAUACCAAUAUUACGGGUAUUGAAUCCCUCGACCUAAACAGGGACGUGAUGGACAUCCAGGAAAUACCUCAGGCCAGCCAGCUCCCAGUCGAGACCUCCUCCCAAGUGGAUCACACAUUUUACUAACUAUGGAACGAACUUAGCUGGCAGGUCCGUCGUGGACUUGUGGUACUACUGCUCCGUCACACGGACAAAGUACGAAGACCCAUCCUGAGCUACCUAGGGAAGUUGCUGUGGUCGAAUAAUCCUCAUGCCGUGUACUCAACCGUCUCAGGAGGAUCUCCAACCCGUAGACUUCUCUAGUUGCAAUAAGAACCACACUUUAUCAGCCAGCCCGGCCGAUUAUUGAGGUUGUCUCCUCAACCGUUGCGGUGUAGAUACCUAUUCCCCAAACAUACCGAGUACGGAGUACGGAGUAGGAAGAGAUAGUUCC